GCGGCGGAGCGGGCGAGCCGGGAGCGCGGGGCCCGGCCGCGGGAGCCGCCGCCAGCACCUUGGAGAGCGGCCGGGCAGGCCGAGCGCAGGACCCCGCGGCGCGGGCGGCCUCGUGCCCCAGGAGGCGGCCCCGGCCAGGGCGAGCGACUGCCGACAUCCCCCCCAGCCCGCCCCCGGCUGCGGACCCGAAGGAGGCAGAAAAGUUUGGGGGCCGCUCCGGGGCCCGCGAGAGAAGGCGGAUGGUUUGUUUCCCCGGCUGAUCCGGAAGGAAUGAUGCCCGAGGGACGAUGUGCACCAGCAGCCAGAUCAUUGGGAGCCUGCUGGUGCUCUCUGUGCUGGAGAUAGGGCUGGGGGUGUCCAGCGUGGCCGUGGGGGCCGUCAGUUUCAGCCUGGUCCUUAGCGAGCAUAAGCCUCAGCUGGGAGACUCUUCUCCGGUAUGGAGCGGGGUGUGUUUUCUGCUUUGUGGCAUAUGUGGAAUAUUGUGCGCCAAAAAAAAAACCGGACUUGUUAUGAUACUUUUUUCAGCCUGUUGUAUCUGUGGACUAAUUGGAGGAAUACUGAAUUUCCAAUUCCUUCGUGCUCUCACAAAGAAGUCCUCUGCUCUCUAUUCUUUGCAUCUUACCUCCAUGUCUCUUGCAUGCAUUGGAAUUGGUGGCUGCACCCUUUCUUCAUGGCUCACUUGUCGGCUAGCCAGCUAUGAACAAAGGAGAAUGUUCUCAGAAAGAGAACAUUCACUGCAUCACUCCCAUGAAAUGGCAGAGAAAAGAAUGAGGGGUAUUGAAAUAACCGACCUGCCCAGCUGCCCGGUGGUUCCCCCGACACCAGAGUUACCUCCAAGGAAAUGACGGACAACCUAAGCAAUGGAGGCCCACAACUGAUUUAUAAUGGAAAAGUGUACUAAGAGAUUUAAAAGUUCAAGGAACAAAACGUUUUGAGAUUUUCUUCAGGAAAAAAACAUAAAUAGAUAGCCACCAAGAGACUGAUGUGAAACUGAAACAAUCUUGGCUUUUAUUGCUAAAAUUUCACAAGUGCAGAACAGCACAGUUGGAAUUCCAUUUAGAAGCGUGUACUAAAUUCCUUCCUAAGUACUUUGCUGAUAUACAAUAUUUAUUCAUUCCCCUUAUAACCCUCCUCCCCCACCUUUUUUGGUCUGAUCAACUUUCCAGAAUUGUGACAGCAUUUGAAACAGACUUUUCAGGCUCUUCUAAAGUAGACUUUAUAAAAUCAUUAAAAAGAAGAGAGAUUAACCAGCAGAUUGUCUCAUGAAGAAAGUGCAAAUUGGACUUUAAAAAGCUUGCAUUUCACAUGCAGAGUACAAAUGAACAAAUGAUGGGCGUGCUGAAAACAACACUGAUGUCUUUGUUUUGAAAGACAGAAUGUUUUAAGAAUGCCAUAAAUCAAAACCUCAACAAUGCCUUGUUGUAAAGAGACUGUAAAUAUUUCCAAUUUGUGAAUGAAGUAUAUUUCGUAAUUUGUUCAUAAAAGAUGACCAAUAAAAUGAAAUCUAA